ACAGGUCGCUCGAAUGCAUGUUCGUAUGUCCUGGAUCAUUGCUCGCGUAUGCGCCGCCGCUGUUCCAAACACCAACUGCGCACCAAUCGAUUGGCUUGGAGCAGCGUGACUUGCUGCGCAUGCGCAGCGCAUCAUGCGCCACAUGGUUCGAGUCACUCGAUGUGGCUGUGGCUGGCUGGCUGCGACACCGACAAGCGAGAGCCGAGGAGAUAGGCUCUCGGCGCUCUCUCUCCCAGCGAGGGGAGGCACCGUCGUCCUCGCGAUCUGCAGAUAUUUCUUCGCUCCUCUGACCCCUCCUUGCCCGCACACUUCCCGAGAUCGUCGAGCAGCCAUGGACGCAUUCAAGCAUCUCAACCACGUUUUCCACGCUCACGCGGCUGUCGCUGAUGCCAAAGCCUGGACUGAACUUCUGAAAGCUGAUCCCCCGCAUGGCGCUCUCUCCAACCAUGCUCUUGCCAAAACCCUUGUUGUCAAGCCCAAGGGUGGCAAGGGACCCGAUGUUCCGUUGAUGAUCGUCGCCCUCGACUCGACGGCCACGAACCUCAACGCCAUUGCCAAGCAUCUCGGCAAGAAAGAGGCUCGCAUGGCUAAUGAUGAUCUUAUCAGCGCCACUUUGUCGAUUUCGAAAAAUGAUGUUACCCCCUUCGCGCUCUCAAACGUCGUCGACAAAGCCACCAUUGGUGUUGUUAUUGAUGAUAAUGUCUUUGCCGAUCCUGAACGAUUCCUUGGCUUCCGAGCCUUUGCACCGGACAAGACCCUGUUUGUUCAAGCCGCUCACGUCAAAUCCUUCCUCGAAGACAACGGGGUUGACGCCACCAUCCUGAACUUUGAGCAGCUUGCCUCGUCUGCGCCUGCGUCGACCACCUCAACCCCCAAAGAAACCAAGGCCGCCAAGGUUGCAAAGCCUGUCGCGACGGCUGCUACCAACGCUGACUCUGGCGACAAGCAGAUUCUGAUCGGUAUUGAUGCCAAAAAAGACGAGGACUUCUCGACUUGGUACACCCAGGUUUUGACCCGUACAGAAAUGAUGGAUUAUUAUGACAUCAGUGGAUGCUACAUCAUUCGUCCAUGGGCAUUCAAAGUCUGGAAGUCCAUUCAGCAAUUUUUUGGGUCGGCUAUCGAGGACCUUGGUGUUGAAGACUGCUACUUCCCCAUGUUUGUCUCUCACCGUGCUUUGGAUCGCGAGAAAGACCAUAUCGAGGGUUUUGCUCCCGAAGUCGCUUGGGUGACUAAGGCUGGAUCCUCUGAUCUGGCAGAGCCCAUCGCCGUCCGUCCAACCUCCGAAACGGUUAUGUACCCUGCAUAUUCACAGUGGGUCCGAAGUCACCGCGAUCUUCCCUUGAGGCUCAAUCAGUGGUGCAAUGUCGUCCGAUGGGAAUUCAAGCAUCCCCAGCCCUUCCUUCGUACCCGAGAAUUCCUGUGGCAGGAGGGUCACACAGUCUUUGCUUCCAAAGAGGAGGCAGAUAAGGAAGUUCUGGAUAUCCUUGAUCUGUACCGACGUGUGUACGAAGACCUUCUUGCUGUUCCCGUCGUUCCCGGACGAAAGUCAGAAAAGGAAAAGUUUGCCGGCGGCCUGUACACCACCACCGUCGAGGGCUUCAUCCCCACUAGCGGCCGUGCGAUCCAGGGUGCCACUUCCCACUGCCUGGGUCAGAGCUUCUCCAAGAUGUUCAACAUCAUGAUUGAAAAUGAAAACAAGGAACGAGUCCAUGUCUGGCAGAACUCAUGGGGUAUCACCACUCGAACCAUCGGCGUGAUGGUCAUGGUUCAUGGUGACGACAAGGGGCUUGUUUUGCCUCCGCGUGUGGCCAGCAUCCAAGCGAUCGUCGUUCCCGUAGGCAUUACGGCCAAGACCACCGAUGCUGAGCGACAGGCCCUGUACGACAAAGCCAACGAACUCGUCUCGACUCUGAAGGCGGCUGGCGUCCGUGCCAAAUCCGAUACUCGUGACAACUACACCCCUGGCUACAAGUAUAACCACUGGGAAAUGAAGGGUGUUCCUCUCCGCCUCGAAGUCGGUCCCAAGGAUGUAGCUAAAAACGAAACUCGAGCCGUGCGUCGUGACACUGGUGUUGCUUGCCAGUUGAGCCUCAGCCAAUUGGUUGCCGGUGUUGCAGAGCUUCUGGAAGAUAUUCAAAACGAUAUGUUUGCCAAAGCCAAGAAAGAGCGCGAUGCGCAUAUCGUUCGCCUUGAGAAAUGGGAGGAUGGAGAGGGCUUUGUCAAGUCUCUCGAUGGCAAGAACCUUAUUCUCGCUCCUUGGUGCGAGCGGGUUGCUUGCGAAGAGGCCGUCAAGGAGCGCAGCAGCCGAGUUGCCGACGGUGACGAGCCCCAAGAUGAGAAGGCCCCAUCUAUGGGCGCCAAGACGCUUUGCAUUCCUUUCCAGCAACCCACCGAAAACCCCUUGGUUCCUGGAAAAACUGGCUGCUUUGCUUGUGAGCACAAAGCCGUUAGUUACACUCUCUGGGGACGCAGCUACUAAGCGUGCUUCCUGAGAUACGUAGCUCGGGGGAGGUAGAAGGACCGAUAAGAUUGCCUUUGAUCCUUGCGCUAUGUACGGUCGAUGUAAUAAAAGAACUGGACAUCCAGGUUGCUCUGAUCAA